CUAUUGUAUUACGACGACCGGUUAACGGCAUUCGCAUCCAAUUUACGACAGCAUGUUUUUGUGAUCGCCUUCGAGAAAAUACACAGAUAUUACAGCUAUUUUAGCAUUUAUUCAGAGCAAUUACACAUUCAAGAAGAAGAAAAAAUGAAUAUACGAUGUGCAAGACCGGAAGAUUUGAUGAAUAUGCAGCAUUGUAAUCUGUUAUGUUUACCUGAGAAUUAUCAGAUGAAAUAUUAUUUUUACCAUGGAUUAUCUUGGCCACAGCUAUCCUAUGUAGCAGAAGAUGAAGAUGGUAAAAUUGUUGGUUAUGUACUAGCUAAAAUGGAAGAGGAUCCUGAAGACCAGGUACCACAUGGUCACAUAACAUCACUGGCAGUCAAAAGAUCUCAUAGACGAUUAGGUUUAGCACAGAAACUAAUGGACCAAGCAUCUAGAGCUAUGGUUGAAUGUUUCGAUGCACAGUAUGUCUCUUUGCAUGUCAGGAAGAGUAACAGAGCUGCUUUACAUUUAUACACCAACACACUCAAAUUUUCGAUAAGUGAGAUAGAACCUAAAUAUUAUGCUGAUGGGGAGGAUGCCUAUGCCAUGAGAAGAGUUUUAAAAGACUUUAAAGAUAAGUCAACCAAAGAUACAUCUUCUGUAAAAGCAAUAAAAGAUACCCCUGGUAAAAAAGAGAAAUCAAAAGAGAAGACAGACACCACAAAUAAAGAGACUAAAGAAUCAUAAAUAAGCCGGUUUUAGUAAUUUUUACAAACAUUAUCUCAGCAGUGUAUUAAUUUGUUGAUUUUCAUCUUCAACCAACUAAUGAUUUCCAGUUUCAAUAUUCUUGAAAAGAGUUCUUCUCUAUUCCUUUAAUUUUUUGAUAAAUUUGUCUAAAUGACAAAAGACUGUAAUGAAAAUCGUAUAAACAAUAUUUGUUGUGGCCUGAUAUUUCUCAUGACUUUUUUUUACUUCAGAUUAUUUAUGGAUUUCAGGACUGCCUUUAUUUAUACAUUCUUAACAAUUUGUAUUUGCUAAGUUGUGUAAAAGUGGAUUUGUUUAUUUUGGUUGAAAUAUUGAGUUUCUGCUUGAUUUAAAAGCUUAUUAAACACAGUAGUCUGAAUCUUGAAAUGUCAAGAAGUCAAUGAACAAAUAUAUAUAUUUUAUUGUUUGGGAUAGUUUAUAAUCGUAAAUUGCCAGGAAUUUAAAACUUAAUGAACCUCCAGUUCUAAAAGUUUGCUUUUCUUAUAAAUGUAUGUAUGUUUUACAUGUAUUUCAUAAAAAAAUUAUAAAAGAUUUUGUUGUUU